CUGAGAGAAGGAUCACAAAAUAAACUCUGCUUUCUUGAACAUCACAGAUGAUUGUCUCCUGGCUCCGUCACCUUGGUUCAGUUCUCGUCGUAAGCGCUGUACUCUGUUCUUAAGGUUGCCUGCCUUUAUCUCCAAGUUGCUUAACAACUACUAUCUCACUGAUGCGAAGAGCACCGAAGAAUGACACAAUGAAAGCAGCCUUGAACCACAAAGAUUCAUAACUAGAGGAGCAAAUGGAUGGAUCCACGAGCAGGACUGUUAGAGUGAUCUCCAAUCAAACUUAUCUUCACCUGUACAAGGACCCUUACAGACUGCACCAACAAGCAUCUGUGACUCAGGUUUAAGAGGAGAGAGGCAAGCCGUCAUACACAUCUCCAGAUGCAGAACAUGUCUACAUAUCACGUGGAAGUUGAUUGCUCCACAGCGGGAAGGCACAAUUACAUAUUUAUUGCUGUUCCAAUAAUCUACAGCACAAUAUUUAUUAUAGGAGUCUUUGGGAACAGUCUUGUUGUUAUUGUGAUUUACUGUUAUAUGAAGAUGAAGACAGUGGCCAGCAUUUUUUUAAUGAAUUUAGCUAUUGCUGAUUUAUGUUUUGUGAUCACGCUACCAUUAUGGGCAGCAUACACCGCCAUGCAUUAUAACUGGCCUUUCGGCAACUUCUUGUGCAAGCUGUCUGCAGCAGCAAUCACUUUAAAUUUAUAUACCUCUGUAUUUUUACUUACAUGCCUCAGCAUUGACCGCUAUAUAGCCAUUGUCCAUCCAAUGAUAUCUCGUAUUCGACGAACAAUAAUGGUUGCUAAGAUGAUUUGUAUCUCUAUAUGGGUUAUUGCAUGUCUCGCAAGCCUACCUACUUUUAUCUAUCGUACAACAGUACCCCUCAAGAAUAACAUAACAGUGUGUGCUUUCUACUAUUCAUCCAACUCUUCUCGAACUGCUUUGAUCGGGAUGAACAUAACAAAGAAUGUUCUUGGUUUCUUUAUUCCCUUUUUGAUCAUUUUAACAAGCUACACAUUAAUUGGCAAGACACUGAAGACCACCUUCCAUGGUCAGAGAGGCAGGACCAGGAAUGACGAUAUCUUUAAGAUGAUUGUGGCCAUUGUUCUGGUUUUCUUCUUCUGUUGGCUCCCACAUCAAGUUUUUACUCUGUUUGAUAUUUUAAUUCAGAUGGAAAUAAUAGACAACUGUCAUUUUGAAGACAUUGUAGACACAGGGAUGCCUAUUACCAUUUGUAUUGCCUACUUUAACAGUUGUUUGAACCCUUUCUUGUAUGGGUUUUUUGGAAAGAAUUUUAGGAUACACUUCCUGCAACUUCUGAAAAACAUACCACCAAAACUUAGAAAACAUUCAAGUCUGAACACAAAGAUGAGUACGCUUUCAUAUCGUCCAUCUGAUAAUCACAGUGGCUCCUUAAAAAACUCAAUACAUUUAAGUGAACAUGAAUUCCACACUGGAAAUACCUAGAAUGGUGAUCUCCACAAUUAAAGGAUUAAGA